AUGACCAUUAGCCUUCGGCUGUCGCUGACCUCCAUUCUAAAAGUGACGAAAAGAGCUUUUUGUUCGGCGUGUGUAACAAUAGCCGAAAAAGGCCUCUUCUCACGUAAGCUUACUCGCCGCGUUUGCCUCAUUCAACAUGAAGGGGAGCGUUCACUCGCUCGCGGCAAUUUAUUCAAGUUGUUUAUUUUUUUAAUUGUUGCUCUAUACAUAAGUUAUCUUAUGGACAUUUCUGCUUUUCGCCGUAUGCCGUGAACGCAAUCUUUAACUUUUCUUGUGUUUGCGCCGUUUCAAACCGCUUUCUUCUCGUCCCUUUAAGUCAAUGCUGUCGAUUAGCUGUGCGAAAAUAUAUACAUAUUAUAUUUUUUCAUUGAUAACUUAUGUAUUUGAAAGAUAAUAUAUAUAUCAUUGCGAUUUUCUUGUGUGACAUACAGUUUGUAGACAAAAAAUUGAUAUAUUUUGGUAUAUUUUUUUGUAAUAUAUUGCAGUUUUUUUCCCUCUUAUCACACAGGGAACCCACACUUUUAUUUGUAAACUGCACACGGAAAUUAAAUGUGAUUUAAAAUGUUACCGAUUCUGUUCUUAAGUCUGCUGCUGAGUAAAGUGAAACGAUGCAAUGCUUUAUUUUAUGUGGCUUGUCUCGCAUUUCACUGUUGGUUUCACGCGAUUGUUAUUAUCGUCUCGCGUUUCACGGUUGGCUAUUAAUUUAUUAACAAUUUGAAUUAACGGUAAUGAAUAGUGACAAGGGUCGAAAUUCCACAGCUGCUCUCGUAAAAUCAGUGCCUCCAGUUAAAUGGACCAGUUUACCACGCAAUGCCGCGCGAGGUAACAUUCCACGAUGACCUUUCCAGUUAAAACGAAAACAAAAAGGCAAUAUCUGGAUAUAUAUGCAAUCGAACUUGAAACAAUCUCAGAACUAAGCAGAAAAGCUCAAGAAACUCUCUGACGUCAAUCGCAAAGUUAACUUCCGGUCCAGUCAAGUGGAAGCAUUCAUAGAUCGAAAAGUCAGUAAUCAGUUUCUGAUCAUUUUGAAUGCGAAAGAUUUUUAUUUUAAAUAGAAAAAAAGUGGCCCACCGUACAUUUUAUCCCUUCAAAUGAUGUUGGGUUAAAUUUUGGGUAAAAACCGCACUUAAUACUUGAGUACAGUCUGGAAAUAAAACGGUCACGCGCCCUCAAACAAGCGCAGGUACAGAAUAUACUUUGUAGCGCGCCUCUGGACACGCUCGAAUUUUCGAAUUAGAUCUAAUUUAGACUGCGGAGUCCAGACUUUCUAGUAGACCAUUUGCUGACGCUAAAUCUGGGUUUGAAUAAAGUGCGGGAUAGAUAAGGUGCUGCUAAAUUAUUUGUACAUUUAUGAACCAUAACCACAUCGGUAAGAAAGAGUUUGUCGUAGACGUUGAGCCAUCCAAUUGACUUGCGCCUCUGAAAUGUAAUCAAACUUCCUAAGCUCUAAAACAAUCCUACAGGCAAAGUUCUGAAUAAGCUGCAGUUUACGAGUGUCUUUCUAAGAAGUGUUAUUCCACUCUGUAGUGUUGAACAAUGAAAAACCCUAGUGAACACAAAAGCAUUAAUGGCUAGGAUCAGUGUCUUUCUAUCGAGCAAGUUAUAAAUACGUCGAAAUGCGGAUUAAUUGUAGAGACAGCUUGAAGACAGCUAAGUAUAGGCUCAUCAUCAUCAUAAGGGAAGUUAGAGUUCAUCCACACCCCAAGGUCGUUGACAACCGAUCGUGAAGGAUAAAUUAGUUUUUUACAUUUGGUUAUUCAAACAAGACUUGUAUCAAGACAGCUUUCAAGGCGCUAGUGAUACCUAUCCUCGAGUACGCUUGCCCAGUCUGGAACCCUUAUCUGGUGAAACACACCAAGGCAAUCGAAGCAAUUCAGAGAAGAGCGUCCCGACUAAUAUGUGGCCCCGACAAAGAAUAUCCUGAAAGACUUUUAGAGUUAAAAUGGGACUCUUUAGAACUGAGACGGAAAUAUCUUAGCCUAGUUCAAAUGUAUAAGAUUAUAUUUGGUUACUGUGAUAUCAAUUGCCAUCAUUACUUUGAUAUUAUUGGAAUAACUCGAACUAGAAGUAAGCAUGAGUAUAAAAUAAGGCCUAAAGUUGCCCGUACAAAUUAUUUUAAAUAUUCAUUUUUUCAUAGAUAUAUUAAUGAUUGGAACUCUUUGCCUUCUGAAGUAAUGUCAUCUCCUAGCCUUCAGUCUUUUAAAGUUUCACUGAUUAAGUACCUUCGCUCAUAAUUUACCUUAAAAUACUAGGCAUAGUGUCUUUACUAUAAGUUUAUGCAUUAUUAUUAGGCAUCUAGGUUUAUAAUUUAUAGUCUAAUUUAUAGUCUUUUAAUAUAUGUUUAUAUAUUAAUUAAUUUUUUUUUUUUCUUUUUUCUUUUUUGGAGGGUAUGUCUUAGCAUGGGAAUUUGGUUUCCCCCUACUACCGUCCUGUUAACUAUUUUUGUAUUUUUGUUCGAUUGUAUAUGUUAGUAUUAGUUCAUUUGUAUCAGUUAUGUAUGGUUACGAACUGUGAUUAAAGAUUAAAGACUAAGAGGUAGACAAGGGGUAGUGACAAAGCUCUUGUCGGGUUAGGUACGCCCACUAACAAUAGCUUGGUUUUAUCAGGAUUUAUUAGAAGCGAGUUCGCACGACACCACCUUGAAGCUUACAUGAGGUAACUGUUAAGGGCAUCCACUGCCUCACUCACGUCGCGAGGAGGAAGUGAUAAAAGGAACUUGGUGUCGUCCACGUAUCCCAUCAUUUGACACUACUUAAGAACGGAGAAAAGCUUAUUUACUUAUAACCUGUCAACCACUAUUUAUUUUAUCCACAAAAGAAUAAGUAGUUUCAUUUCAGGUUCAUCCACAAAAAAUUAUUUUGGACAGUUUUCACCUGCUCAUCUCUUUAUUUAAGAAAAUUUCAACUCAGUUGAAUCUAGCGUUUGCCUUUUGCCGUGAACGUGAUUCUAAAGGGGUGUACUCCUUUCGGCGAACCAAAAGCUAAUUUUUGACCCUAGAUUGCCUGCACAGUAUGGGCUUUUGCCGUGAAAACUGUCCGUAACAACGGAGUGUCAAUAAGCAGGUGCCUGAACUAUACUUUGACAAAGUAUGUUUAAACAACAGUCAUGCAAAGCGUUAAGUUUUCCAUAAAAUGAAUUUUUACUAGCAUGUUUAUUUCUGCUGUUUGUAUUUUCUUGCCGUACUAGGUUUACAUAUGUCUAAUUGCAAAACAAAGUUACAAACCUGCUAAGUUCUCUGUGCGUGAUUGAGGUUAUCUAUAGAAUCAUUUUAAAGGUUAGACAUUUGACUCGCUUCAGUUGUGACUGAUCACUCAGCAAACAUACAUUAAACACACCUGAAAAAAACGAAAAUUGGAAAAGUUUUGAAAAAAAAUUGGAAAAUUUGCGAAAAGUCGAAAAUUAGUUGUGUCAGUGUAAAGCAAUGAAAGAGAAGGUUGAGAGGGCCCCACCCAAUCAACGUUAAAAUUUUUCGCAAUUUUUUUUUUGAAAUGGUCUUAAAUCUGCAACGGGUUUUCGACUCGAUCAUCAACAUGACAAAGAACUGCGAAAAAUGGCAGGUAACGAGAAAAAUCUUUAAUUGGCAAUUCUCGCAAAUAAUUUUGUAAAAUCCACAAUUUCAUGGCUACUGACUCACUCAACAACAUGACAAAGAACCGCAAAAAUUGCAAAUAUCUCUUAAAAUGUCGACCUUGCAGUUUUUUGUAAUUCUCCCGAAUUUUGUGACUUAGAAGGACAAAAAAGCGGAAAAAUGGGAAUGUACACGAAAGUUUCUCAACCUUGCAAAAGUCGCAAAUUUUACCACGAACGCGAAAAAUUGCCAACCUCGCGAUUUCAGUCUAGAGUUUUCGGAAGCACACACGAAAAAUCUCAAAUUUGGCAGCUGCGUGCAAAGAGACGAGUGCCAACCCACAGUUAAUUUUAUUUUUAAAGUCCUCAUAAAAUUCUUUUUAAUUUCUGACUAAUUUACGCGCCGUCUUCAUUUUUAUUAGUGAAAGCUAAUCAGCAUGCCAUUUUCAUUUCGAACCUCAGGUGCAAGACUGACAUCUGCCAUUUUACUUUUGGCCUCGGCCAAAACAUCCCCAGGUGAUCUGCUGUUUAAAUAGGCAUAUUUUAUUCAAUUCGAAGUAGCUGUCCGCUAUCUUCCUUUGUAUUUAUACUCUUAUACAAAUGUAAGCCCAACUUCCAAAACUUCGCGGGAUCAUUUUUUUUAAUUAGAGGGCCGGCUGAGAAUUGUUAAUUAUCUUGAUCUCCAUGCCAAUGAGGUCUCUUGCCGCUGCUAAAGAGGUUAACAUUCGGGUUUAUUUUUCUUUUAAAAGCCUAAAAGAUCACUGAAUUAUCUCCAAAACUUAAAAUACCAAAGUAUUAAAGCCCAGAGAGAGCUUUCAUUCUUAGAGCCUUAAAUCUCAAAAAGUUCCACAUUGCUUAUUAUUUAGGCGAGAGAAAAUCGGGAUGUUAAAGCGACAGCUUUAUUUGUAUGCCCGAAGGCCCGGUUAAAAUAUACCAUCUUUCACUUCUUUGUUUUUCUUUACUUAGUAAAACUUGAGCACAUUGGUUUGCACGACAGGUGUGUGAUUGAAAGGCUUCGGGCGCACUAUAUGCAAAUUAAUAUUUUCGCCUUGCGAAAAUCGUGUAUUUAAGCUUGAGCAUUUUCCAGUCUACUCUGCAACUGCAGCGUUUGUUAUGAAUUAUGGCGUUCGAGAUGUAGAUUGAAGACGACGAAAAAGUCCGAUAAGGUUAGCAGUCUUUAACCCUUGGUGAAAAACUGAAAUAGAACAACUUUUUUUCUCUUCGGAAAAAAAAGCAAGGAAAAUCUGCGUGGGGAGAAAUCACUUUUCUGGAAAAUGGAAUCCUUUUUGUCUCUUGAUGAGCUAUGUAUUAGUUUCUCGGAUCACGAUUUGAGAACCAGCGCUGAUUCCAGAACCCAAGACCAACAUGAAAAGGAUUCUUGCUACGUACUAAAGGACAGCAAAGACCACCGAGGCUCGCUUUGCGUGCGGGAUGACUUUCAUAAACAGAGAAAAGGUAAAAUGAAAGAAUUCCAUCUUGAAGCCGAUAAUGUCGUGGCAAAAAACGAUAGUCGAAAUACAUAUGCUUGCAAAUUACCAGAUAUAAAACCCACCAAUAAAUCGAUGCAAAUGAUUCAUGUUAUGGCGGGGAAAAUGGGACGGAGUCGAAAGUUUUACUCCAUCAAUGCGGACGAUUUCACAGUUGGAGCAAAGCCAGGGACGUUUAGUGAUCUAAGAAGCGAGGAGAGAGAAGAGCUGAACGCCAGCAGAAGACGCCGAAAUCACUUGCCACUUGGGGAAAGUAAAAACUAUUCUGGUGGACAAAACUGGAAAUGUAAUCCUGCAAAUGAUGCGAAGUCUCUCAUGGCUAAUUGGACCAGGGGAAAAGAACCGUACUCCGGCUCGGCGCAAAGCGGGUUCUUGGCAGCCUCACAGAGGAAAAUCUUUUCCCCUCGUCAAUCAGUGAAAAGUGGCCCCCAACUGAUCGAAGUAAACGAAGAAUUUGCUGAGACCUUACAAAUGGAUUUACCGCAAAAGGUUACUAAAUUUCUAGAAAUGGAAAUCUCGCUUAUCAAGGGAAGAGAGAAAACAAAUGCGAUGCAAAAGCGUAAAGGAAGUGUCUUUUCCACCUACCGUGCUUCUGAUACCCCGGAAGGUGUCGAUCUUAAAUUGAUAAAAACGAGAAAAUCUUGGGAUUCUGCCUAUCUUGACAGGAUGGAAAGAUUAUAGAAAUGCAAACUCACAUUAUGUACGUGGCUGGAGAAAACAGCUGCCUCUCUUACCUCCUAUCGCCGCUAGGGACGUUUCGAGAGAAAACGCCUCUAGCGGCAACGAGCGAGGAGGGUGGACGGCUGUUUUCGCUGGCUACUCAUUAUAAACGCUAACUUGUUGAAACGGUGUGUGUGUUGGUGGGCACCCCUUUGUUCAGGACUGUAACGUUAAUAUUUAUGAUAAAAAAUAAUAAAUGAUAAUUUAAAAGUAAAUAAAAAGGAUGAAUAAAAUGAAAACACAUUAAGUACCCUGGUAUAUUGUUUCGUAGAAGAAAAAAGAAAAAAAUUAUAGCAAUUCUCUACUGAAUUCUGUUGAGACCUAGUCUGUCACACAACCGGACCGUUUUUAGUGUCGUCAGGCAACGCUCGGUAACGUUUGUGGGGUGGAGCAUUGCGUGAUGACACUAAUAACAGAAUAACGGCUGUGUAGUAGUUGAGACCCUACUUUACGGACAGCCGCUUAAAGGAGCUGUGUCACCCAGUUAAUCAAAAUUCAAACAGUUGAAUCCGGAGGGUGCUCCUGGGAAUUCUUGGUGGGGGUGUGCCGCCCGGUUCUCAAACCAAAUCCUGACCCGAUUUCAGACCCAAAAAUGUAAUUUCAAGUAUACAUUGCCGUAGUUCCCUCAAAGACCAUACCCGAUUCCAGACCAAACUGGGCAAAGUGUAUACCCGUUUUCAGACCAAAACGGCGAAUAACCCUACCCGAUGGGGCGGCACAUACCUAUAUAGCCUAUAUAUUAAAAAUUAUUCCUCGAGCCCGAAUGGGCUCUGACUCAAUAGCCCAUGAGGCCGAAGGCCGAAUGGGCUAUUGACUCAGAGGCCAUGAGGACGAGGGGAAUAAUUUUUUUAGUAAAAUCCAACUAGUUGGUCAAAAAUAUCGAGACAAAACAACUUUAGCUAGCAAAACGCGAUUUAGCCGCCAUUGUUUUGGUUUUCUCAAAGCCGGCGCUUGUCGCUAUUAGUGGGCUUUAACAUAUAGCCUAGUAGUAGCUCAACCAAUCAGAACGCAGCACUGGUUGGAUUAUACUAAAAGCGAGUAUCCCCCGGGCAAUUUGAACCGUCACCAAACUGAGUAAAACAUAAAAAUAGCCGCUCAAAACAUUAAAAGAAGGUAUGAAUAAAACAGCAAACACAAAAGGAAGCACGGGUGGAGCAAGAAAAUUUGAAAAGGAUUGCAAUUGUGCUUUUUGAAAACUUCUUCGUCCCCCAGUAUUUUAAAGUUCAUUUUUCGUGUUUGUAACGUUUGAAAUAACGCUUCAUACGCUCGGGAGACAUUUUUGUUUGACAUGAAGCGAUGAUUUUGCCAUUCAAAAGUACGUUUUCAAGUUCCAUAGCGAAUAAAGACGCAUAACUGGCAUUAUUAAUAAGAUGAACUAAACACGAGUGACACAAUGGGACACAAUGUCCAUGGGAAUGACCUUACAUUUUUUCUUAAUUCAGCCCGCUUAAUACAGACCGAGCCCGUUAUUGCGGACAACAGCCUGCGUUGCUAGAGGAUUUUUUGAUGCGUUUCUCAUUUGUUGUUCCUACAGGGUUCGUAUUAAAACCGGUUCGUAAAGUAAGAGAUACAGCCGCGCGAAAGCUGAACCGAGGACGAACAAAAAAACGUUCUCCAUUGACUUCGCGCGUUCUCUAGUUUGAUCUCGCGCGUGGGUGUCUCUCGAACACACACUGGGUACACAGAAAAAAACUCACCAAAAAACCACCAGCUACGCAGGCUAUGCGAACAACGGACAAUUGUUUCUUGCCUAAUCAACAAAUUCUCAUAGAAAGACAACCUCGCUAAUGGGAACACUUCAUUAUUAACUGUGUGCUGUAACAGACCUGAGAACAAUUUCCUUUUUGAAGGUCAACAAACCCCUUCUGUUGAAAGCAUGUUGAUGUGCCCAGCCAAGAGCCAUAAUAGGACCUAUUAUACGUCUAUUAUGAUCUCUUGGCCCAGCGCUACAGUGAAAAUCCAGGACCUGCCACCCGUCACAGAAUGUAAAACGUAAUAAAAGAAUCGUUGAUAAACGUUGAGCAANACAGCCGCGCGAAAGCUGAACCGAGGACGAACAAAAAAACGUUCUCCAUUGACUUCGCGCGUUUUCUAGUUUGAUCUCGCGCGUGGGUGUCUCUCGAACACACACUGGGUACACAGGAAAAAACUCACCAAAACACCACCAUCUACGCAGGCUAUGCGAACAACGGACAAUUGUUUCUUGCCUAAUCAACAAAUUCUCAUAGAAAGACAACCUCGCUAAUGGGAACACUUCAUUAUUAACUGUGUGCUGUAACAGACCUGAGAACAAUUUCCUUUUUGAAGGUCAACAAACCCCUUCUGUUGAAAGCAUGUUGAUGUGCCCAGCCAAGAGCCAUAAUAGGACCUAUUAUACGUCUAUUAUGAUCUCUUGGCCCAGCGCUACAGUGAAAAUCCAGGACCUGCCACCCGUCACAGAACGUAAAACGUAAUAAAAGAAUCGUUGAUAAACGUUGAGCAAGGCACAUUUUAAAAGGCAAAAUCACUGCACAAAGUGUUUUCUCCUUCCAUAAAAUUUUACUUUUUUGUAGAGGGGCCUCCUAGGGGUUUUGGUGAUCGAGGGAGUAUGGGAAACUGAACCCGGCCGAUACUUGUCAUACUCAUGUCCAGGGAGGUAACCUUAGAGGAACAGAGGACUGGCUCCCGAAACUGUUGAAUAUUAUAAGGAUCAUGAGAAAGCCCCUUUCGCCUGAAAACGCGAAAAAAUAUAGCCUACGAGCAGUCUUAUUUUUCUUUCAAAGUUAAUGCGCAAGAAACCCAAGCACACAAGAUGAGAGCGGCGAAGUCGCGAGCUGCGAUAAACGAGGGCGUAACUGGCCCGAGAAGAAAAAGUCUUUUCUCGUCUGGUCCUAAUCCUUUAUUGCCCCCGCAGGGAUUUCGCCCAGACGGCGAAAUCCCAAGGAGGCACUCUAGUCUGACUUGCGCGUAUAUUAAGGAAAGUACUUACAGUUGAAAUAUACAGUCAGUAUGCCAGAAAAAAUCUCGAUUUGCUUGAACAGGGGCCGCGAGGAAUCGGUAACUUCAUCUGCGCUUAACGAGUGUCUUUUUGUCCAUAACUUUCAAAACAACUGCUCCACAGAAUGUCACUGAUAACACGUAACGCAAAAGAGUAUCGAAAUAAGACUGCACAAUAAGUGUCACAAAAUCUACCUAGGCGGUCCCUUCAGGAUUUUCUGUCUUUACGUCAUCCUAACCAUUUCGUACUUGUGGGCGCAAAAAAUAGAAACGUCAUCAUUACCUAUAAGGUGCGUAUAACUGUCUAUAUAUAAACACUUAGAGAGUUUUCCAGCGGUGCGGGUUCACAAUUCUUUGAUUGGAAACCUUGCCAGACACUCUUUCUCUCUCUUUGACCUGAAUAAGACUCAGCCCCAAACAAGCAAGACGAGUGAACAACGGCUAGCUUAUCUGGACGCUUAGAGAAAUUCGCCGACAGUCACAUUCUGUGCUGACUUAUUCCCACCUCACAGAUGUCCUUUUGCUAUAAAGUUUAAAAUAAGACUAGAAUGUGCGAGCGUGAAUUGAUCAAACGUCCUUUUAAUUUCUAAGGCUUACUUUCCGGUCAAUAAAAUGAACCGAAUGUAAAAAGUGAAAGAGAAAUAGCGAAAAAUUCAACUUCUAAUUAAAUCCUUUCUUAUGGUUUAGAAUAAACUAUUCUCGAAAUUGAGAAUGUUUUGAUCGAAGCUGUGUAAAUCGAACUAAAAAUGUGCAUGGAACCUUGCGUUUCCUGUAUUUAUCUCACCUAUUGUAUGGAAUAUGUGUGAAAAUCUUCAUUAUGAAUCGGUAUAUUUCAAAGAGCUACACCCAAAGAGCAAGAAUACUAUUGACCGACAAUAUACAGAGCGGGGGCAGCUGUAGUGUCAACUAUUACUAGUUGUAACAUAACGUCGUGGUUUGCAACCGCGCUGGCUGAGAUAAGAGAAAGGCGCACUGCAAGCAGCAAAAGACCCCGCCUCCCCCUCCACCCCCGCCUCCUGUUGCCCGGGUAACUGAAGCCUAAUGGCGCGGAUGCUAAGCUACAAGAUAUUUCCCAUAAUGUCUUUCGGUAUUACUUCCGAGUACACCUCCAAGUGACACUGGAAAAAUAUUCCAUGUUUCUGCAGUUAACAGAAAUUGUUUUGUUCGUUUCUCUCCAAAUGUAGGCGUCUUUUACGGCUCUAAUUCAGCUGCUGUUGUCUUUGUUUUGUUAUUUUAUUGAUAUGAGUAAGUAUCGCUUUGCCCUAGGCCUUGUAAUCUGUUUUGAGGAUGUCGUUGUCGUAAUGAACCGAGGCGGUUCUCUAACCGGUCAAUGAAGAGUAAUUGAAUCGGAGAUGGUUCUUUGUCCCUAGGUCGCACAGCUCGCGUAACCUUCAGCUACAAGGCUGAACAAGACGACGAACUUUCUCUGGAAGUUGGAGACGUGAUUAAAAGUAUAGUUGAUACGGAUGUAGGAUGGUGCGAGGGAGAACUGAACGGAAAAAGAGGGAUGUUUCCCAGUAAUUUUGUUGAGGAAAUAGUUGCGGAGUCCUCCGAUAAUAACACCGAUUCAGGUGAGAAAUUUUCACGGCUUUUGCACGUUGGCAUUUUUCCUUAAUCCUCAGGUCGACUAAGGUUUUGUUUGGUAAAAAUAACAUGGUAAGUUCACUUUACAGUCAUGAGUUUAUUAUAACUUUAUGUACAUAGGCUCACGUAUCCGCGGACUACUCAAGCUACAAUGUGCAAGCCAUUGAUUUUCACGUAGUUGUUAUUUUUAGGUUACCCAAAUAAUAAUUGUACAGAAAUCGUGAGAAGUCACUAUAAAGAGCGUCAUAGAUUCUUCUCAAGUAUUUCCUGUUGCUUUUAAUACACACGUUUGUUAAUAUUGACAGCUCCUGUACUCACGAUCUCAGAUCGUGGAAGCCUUAAAUAUUUGCAAACGUAUAAGGUCAUUCUGUAGUUUCACUUUCCUAUAAGCUGCGUCCGUAAGCUUUAAGCUGACUUAUGUUUCAAGUAAAGAAGUCGCAGGUCUGGUGCAUUGCAAAUGUUUCUUUUUCACCGAGAUUCAGAUCUCUUCUGGUGAUUUCUUGGAUGUCAGUUAUAAAUUGAAACGUUGGUUGAGAAUGAUUAUGAUGUUUAUAUAAGCAACUCAGAAAAAAAAAAUUCUUCCAAAUUCUUCUAACAGGAGUGUCAAACUUAUGAACUUCUGGUUACUGGUAAAGAUUAUAAAUUCUAUAGUACUGAGCUGAAGCUAUCAUGUUAAACUAUAUGUUACAGCCCAGUUAAAAUGAGGCAGCAGUCGACAAUUGUGCUGCUUUCAUUGGAAUAUGUGCCACCUAUUCAACACUUGGGUUGAGUAAUAUUUAAUAAAAACCACACAGAUUUAGGUCUUUGCCGCUUGUUUUUGUGGUUAUCUUGCCAACUAUUGUAAAAAGAUCGCAAAGCAUCAUACAAUCCUACUGAGUGGUCAGUGCAUCGGGUUUACAAUCCAGCUUCCCAGGUUUCUCUCACCACCAGUUGGAUUUGUUUCUCAACUGGGGUGAAUUCAAAUUCUCUGCCUCACUUGUGAAAAGCCAACUGUCUCGCUAAUGACUCUACUAACUACUUUGAUUUUUGAUUUUCACUAAUUCAAGUCAUAAGGGCUCUUUAAAACUCCAACUCUGACUCCAUUGCUAGUGAAAGCCAGCCUUUAGAGCAUUUGUUGGUCAUUGGGCGCUAUUUUAAUUAAUUAAUAAUCAUUUUAGUUGCAGGAAAGAAGGCAAGAGUAACAUUUGAUUAUGAUGCCCAGGACAAGGAUGAAUUGACUUUAAAAGUGGGUGAAAUCGUCAAUGUUCUGGGUGAAGAAGAAGCAGGCUGGUGGAAAGGACAACUGGCCAACAAAACUGGAGUCUUCCCUUCAAAUUUUGUAGAGCUCAUUGAUGAAAAGGAUGCUGCACAAAUGGAGACACAACACAAACAUUCAGGUUCGUUGUAUCCUGAGAAAACAGCAUUUCCACCAUUGGUGUUCCUGCGAAAUGAAGUCUGAGAAACAAGCCCAGAAGUUCCAUACUGAUGACGUGUCACUACUCACAUCAGGUGCUUCUGAUUGAUUGAAGUUAUUUUCCUAUGUGGCAUGACCAAUCAGAAGCACAACCCAGAUCUGGGUAGGGAUGUGUCAUCAGUAUGGAAUUUCUGCACUCAUUUCUCAGAUGUCAUUUUAUAGGGAAACCAGUGGUGGUGUCAUGGCAAUGUCAGCUGUUUUCUCAGGCUAGGUUUGUUGUACUCGUAUGUAGAUUCUUCAUUUGUUCACCCUUGUACACCAUACAAGUACGUGUACACUGUAUGCAACUGUUUGUUGAUAAUUCCAUUGUAUGUCUAAAAUAAACCAUGUGUUUUUCGAGAAAAUAUCUGUACAAUAACAAUAACAAUAACAUUUAUUUUUUGUAUUGCGCCUUUUCUAUAAAAUAUUCAAAAGUGCAUCACAAUAGUAAAUAAUAACUAAAUUUUACAAAUCUUUCUAUCAAAAUCAUAAAAAAUAUUUACAUUAAAUGAGUAAAAGAUAAUUACAAAUAAAGAUAUAGAUAUACUAAGAUAACUGAAAUGAUUCCUUAAAUAAAAAAUGUCUUAAUUAAAGUCUUAAAAGAUUCUAAGUUCGUUGCUUUGCGCGCAGACCUUGGCAGCUUAUUCCAUAGGAAAGGAGCAGCUACCUGGAAAGCUCUGUCUCCCAAUGUUUUCUUGCAGGGUUCGUAAAUACGCCAAAUUUGGCGUAUUUUAUGCCAAAAUUGUUCAGAUGACUCCACAUAGGUUACGGAGGGAGUCACUUCGACUCCAGAAAUUUUCGGUAACAAAAACAGUUUUGUCCUUACCUUUUUCGCAACAAAUACAAUUUACGUUAAUUGUAAAUGUUGUACUAGAACCUUAAUUAAAUCAUCAAAAUUAAAGAAUUAUACUGCACGACAAAGCAGGAAGAGCGUAAAUUACGGUCAAAGUUUACUCGAUGACCGCCAUCAUGGAGUUGAGCUGUCCAGGUCAGCGGACCGCCACAGGUACUUCAUGUAUCCCUCACGAUAGUGUAUACAUGUCAGGACCACGUGCUGGCAAGUCUGAAAAUGGCGUUUUUCGUUGUGAUACUUGACUCCAAAUAUUCCAAAAUGACUCCAAAAUUUGUGAAGCAGAAGUCACAGUGACUCCACUUAUCAAUAAAAUUUGCAAACCCUGUCUUGGUUUUCACAUUUGGUCUUUCCAACAAACGACGAUUGUCGUUGUACCCAGCUAAUGUAGGGGCAUUGGGGCAUUGGGAAUUCCAGGCGGCGAAGGGGGCUCUCCCUUUUAUAAGUAUUUAGAGAUGAAUUAUCCCUUUGUCUCGUAGACCAUAUUAUGGCAAAAUAUUUGUCAUGCUUACUUUUAAAUCUGUGGAUAAAAUCCUCAUGGUAUUACCAUUCAAAUGAGACCCCUUUGGCAGAACUUUUGCAAAGUGCUAUUCAUUUCUUAGGAUUUUACAAAGAGGAAUUUAAAUGUUUCUUACUUUUUGUGUUUACAGUUUCCAUAGAAACUGUAACACUAAUAAAAUAAGUAUGCGGUCAUGAAAUGUUGUGUCCGUAAUGUCCAUUAGUACAUGUAAGAAAAGCGAUAAUUCUUAUGGCCAGAUACAAAAUACUGUAUGAUUCAGUUUGCAAACAAGGGGAGUCUAUUAUGCUUUAGUCAUUACUUGUCUUUUUGUCAGUUUAUUAAAUUUUUCUCUAUAGUCAAAAGAAAAUUUUGCAAAAGAGGGGUAAGUGUGCUACAUAAUAUGAAGGUGAAGUGUGACCUGUUGCGUGAGAAAAAUAAGCGUGACCUGUUGCGUUGAAAAAAAUAUUUUUCCUGAUGCAAGAAGUCAGGCUUCAUUUUCUCUUUGACGCUAGUCAUGAGCAUGCUAGACAUGAAGGUGAAACAUAACUUAACCUAUUUGCUCCUGGAGAUUUUGCCGAAAAUCGCGUUUUGAAGCUAGUCGAGUGGUUUUCUGGUCACUGUCUUGCUAUAAAGAGCUUAAACUUACUGGUCAGUCAUUUACAGGUCAUACACUUCACGGCCUUCUGAUCCAGAUGCAAAAUAUCAGCUUGCGAAGUUCGGGCAUUUGCAGAAAGCAAAAUUUCAAGAUAGUUUUUGGGUUUAAAAGUGACACAGCAGUCUUGACUUUUACUUUUCGCUUUCUCUCCUACCCUCUUUUCUCGCUUUUCUUGCCUCAAUUUUUUUUCUCUUGCUGGGUAUUUAGUAGGCUUCAUUUUGGUGGGAAGAGUUUUUAGGAAAGCUUUUAGGAUCUUAAGAUUAGGUGAAAGGAAAGGUAGGUGGGGAAUGGAACGAGAUUUUCAUGGAGAUUUUCAUGUAAAUGUUGCAUGGUUUUUUUGCCUCUUUCUCCGGUGUCCUUGACUGAAUUGUGCUCAUUCUGGUAUGGUUUGAAAGAUCUCCUCACUCUGCACAAGUUAGCCUACAAAGUUGUCCAGGACCGUUAAAACUGAUGAUGUCACAAGGGGUAGAAAGGACGUGUAUCCGCACAGGCGGUUACUUGCGGUUCAGGGACGAAUGGGUUAAUGCAUCAGAUACAGAUAUAUUACUAAUAAUAGGUUUCUUAACAAUACAUUGUAUAUUUUUUCUUCAGUGGAAGCUACAGCACCUAGUGCAGAGCAUCUGGAUGGUUUAUUGGAAGAGGAGGAACCUGAAAUAAAAAGAUCCUCCAGUGUGGGAGCAUCUUCCAAGAAGUUACCUGGAGGUGGUAUGGGAUUUGGCAACCUUAUCAGUGCUGAUAUUUUAGCUGAGAAGAGACUCAAGAAAGUCCAUCACGAUGACAAGAAAGAAAAGAAAGAGAAGAGUUCUGUCUUACACGCUGAACCGAGCAAGUCACCAUCCACAGUGAAAACCAAAGCGCCUGCGACGGUAAGGAAACAUCGUUCCAAAGCUUCUUCAUUUCCUUCUUCACUUGUUUUUGGCUUAUCAUAGAAUAAUCCAUUCUCAUGGUUAAAGGAGCUGUGUCACAAAAUUCAGCCAAAUUAGGUAAUUACAAAAUGUGCGUUAAAUUAAGAGAAACAUAAAAAUAAUCGCUUAAAACUUUUAAGGAAGGUUAAAAUAACACAACAGAUACAACAGAUGCCAUGGAUGGGCAAAACUGAAGAAGACUGAAACGGAUUGAAAUUAGGGUUUUUGAAAACUGUUCAGCCUAACAGUUUUUCAAAGUUUAUCUCUGCUGUAUGCAACCUUAAAAAAAAAAUGCUCAGGAGACAUAUUUGUUUGUCUUGAGUCUCUGAUUUUCUCAUUUACAUGUAAUUUCCUUGCUUACUUUAAGUUCCAUAGCAAUUGAGGGCGAGUAAUUGGCAAAAUUUAAAACAAAAUGAACCGGACUGCCGUGACACAGCCGCUUUAAUAUCUCGGGGUUUAAAGUCACUGACUUCCAUUGCUUUUUCCUUUCUUUAGAGUGCUAAGUCAAGGCCAGCACCUCCAGUUCCUCAAUGUCCACCAAGUAAGCACUUUAACCCUUCAAGCCCCAAUAUCAACAUACAAAUUCUCUACGCUGAUCUCCACAUACAUAUCCUUGAAAAACUAGUUGAGAGAAUUUGUUUUAAGAUCAAAACAUUUUUUCUUGAGUGAUCAUUUUAUUAAUUCUGAUAACCCAUUCUCUUGAUCAUGUAUGGAUAUUGCUGGGAGAAAAUAGAUGUUGGUCACUCCUGGGACUAAUUAAGGUACACUGUAAAUUUUUAAAAGAGCACUUUAAUACUGCACAUGUUCAUUAAUCCAUUUAUUUUAUUAAAUCUAGAUCAAAGCACCAGCAAAAUAAGAUUUUCAGUUACUGGAGAUGAUAUCCUACCCCUACUGUAUGUUCCCUUACCCCUGAUGGAAUGUUUUUAGAAACUCUUGACUAGUGGACAGUCUGGACUAAUACAAAUUUUCAUUAAAAAUUCCAGUAGCAGGAGGAAGGUGUAACAUCUCAGGAGAAUAUUUUGAAAGAGGCUCCACAUCUGAAUUGAAAAUAGUCAUAAUUUUAUUCUACCAAACGUCAGCCAGAGAAUUCUGCAUAAUAAAUGAAGGUUAAUUCUCCAAUAUCCGAUGCCCAAUGAACCAUGGUUUUCAAUAAGAGCCAGUGGCCGACAAAAUUCGCUGGCUCUUUCACAUGAACUCGCCACCUACUUUAAAUACAGUAUUCAUGUGAGGUCACCGAAUAAAAAAGCCAAAAUUUGAUGAUGUCUGUGUUUUGUUCAAGCACUCCAGAAUGCUGGAAAUGCAUUCUAAGAGGCCCAGAUUUCAACAUUUUUACAGGAGGGUUGUGGUGUUGGGGGGGGGCAUGCCCCCGGAGCCUCCUAGAAUCUCUUGCCUUCAGUACUUGCAAGUUGUGCCUUUGGUGCCAGUUUUUUCCUUCCCGGCCUACUCUAAAGCUUUUGCCAACUAUUUAUAACCUUAUUGAAAACCUUGAUGAACACCCUGCUAAUAAAUCAUAAAUGUCACUGUCUGCUCUAAGUUCAACCUAUAUGUGCACCUGUACCCCUGCAUUAUAAAUAAUUAUUGGAUGAGGUUUUUUAUGAUUUAAAUAAUGAAAGUGGAGGUAUUAUCAGCUGAGCCAAAGGCCAAGGCCGAUAACACUUAUUGAGACCUUGAUUAUUUGGGAUAUCACAAAAACUGAAUCUACAAAAUAAUAUUAUUGUUUUGAAGAAAAUAAUCUCAUGGAACACGGUUUGACAUUGCUCUUUGAAAUCAUGCAUAGUGUGUGCAAUCUACAGAUUAGUCAGUAAUCUGCUAGCAAAUAACUGACAAAUGUGUAGGUUGGGUGGAUUUCCAAAAUUAACUCUAGGCUCUUAGCCAUAAUACAAAGACAGAUAGUGAGUACAAUGUAUAAGGAGUCUUUUUUAUUUUGAAUUCCCAUACCCUCUACAGGUCACUCUUAAUAUAGGGACCAUGCAAUUAGGGUUUGAACCUCUGGAUAUUUGUUGUUGACACAUCAUGUGUUACACUGAAAAUUUAUUUUGUAUGCUUGCCAAUACACCGUUUCUUCCCUCGGUUAAUUCCCAUGGGAUUAAAUACAUGUACAUUGUACAUGUAUGAAUUUCAAAACUUAUGAUUUUAUUAUCAUUUUUAGGUAAGAAGCCCAGUGAAAGAGCCAAAGUUAUGUUUCCUUAUGAACCUGAAAAUUCAGAUGAACUUAAUUUAGUUGAAGGUGACAUUAUCACUAUACUCAACAAAGACGUUCCUGAGAGUGAUGGUUGGUGGGAAGGAGAGAUCAAUGGUAAAGUUGGCAUGUUUCCUAACAACUUUGUUGAACUGCUACCUGCUGAGGAAGAAGAUACGACGUCAGUGAAAGACAAAGUAAUAAUAUUGAUACUAUUCAUACCUUUUUGAACACGCGUAUAAAUUUGCUAGCAAGCGUGACUGACAAAAAAAUGAUAUUUUACCUCAGUUAUGGUAGGAUACAUGCAACAGGGCCCUAUUUUGCUUUCUCUCUGUAAACAAUUCAAUUUCACCAGCAAGUGAUAAAAUCCUUCAUAUUUGCUUCUCAACAUUUUGUUGUUCACAAGUUCAGAGCACUGGGCUUCCUUAUCUUUUUUGUUGCAAAACCCUUUUCUUUUUCACUUAAAAUGCCUUGAAAUGCAAUUUUCACAUCAGAGCUCCCAAAUUUCAACUUUUCCCAGGGAAUCCCCUCGUGGAAGGGAGCUAGCGCUAUAAUGAUCAGCUUGAUCAGCUGUGCCAUGUGACUGUCUUUUUUUUCCUCCUACUGUAAAUUUUCUGGAGAACCCUGCUACAAUUCACUUCUCAGUAAUUGGUUUCGCUUUUAAGAUUUUCAUAACAAAAAAGGGAUAUGCUCAAACCUCCAUGAAGCUUUUACCCUUGAGGAAGAGAUAACUGGCCUGCUAAUAAUAAUUGUUUAAUAGUGAGAACCAGUUCUAGUAACUUGCUGCUUUAUAGGAGGACGCUUAAGGGCUUGUCAUUUAUUACCUGCAAGGUGGUGGUGGAGUAGGGGGUGUGGGGGGGUGGGGGGUAAAAGGGUCAGGCGGCCAUUUUGCUGGGGAGUCAUUUUCAAAAUUUUGAAAUUGGUUCUGGGGGAUCAUUUUCAGAUAACAGAUCAUCACCUGGGGGAUCAUUUCAUGAAAGAAGGUCAAAGCAGUAAUGAGCAAGGAUUGAAAUUGAAUGUAACAGCUGUAAAUAGUUCACAUGGAUCAUAAAAGAUGGCUGUAGAUAAAGUAUGUGGUGGGAUGGUGAACUUCAGCUCGAUUUGUAGCCAGAAUAUUUGUAGCUUCCACAGCAAUCGGGUGCUCAAGGAGAUUCAACUGUAUUCUUAAUUCAAACAUUCUUCUUGCUAUUGUUAUUAUUCAUAAUUAUUGAUUUUAUUGUUUUGUUUUUUCAGGCUCGUGUUGCACCUGCCACAGCUAAGAAAGGUGUACCUGUGCUACCAGUCAACUUAGAUGAACUUAAAAAAUCACCAAGUGAGUAUUCCUACACUAAUGGGCAAUGAAACUGAUGUCAAAGCUCUAAGUAUAUUAUUAUCACUUUGUCGGGCAUUGUGGCGCAUUUUGCGCUAAAAUAUAAUUUAGCCCACUGAAAUAUAACAGUAAAAAGACUGGAAUAAACAGUCAUACGAUAAUUACAAGCAGCCAAUCACAAUGGAGAAUCCAUUGCAAUGUUCAUGCCACCGUUUUCUUGCAUCGUUUGUCAAAGAAAUCAUGCUGCCAUUUUCAAAGUUCAAAUCAUGGCUCAAAACACAACCAAUAAUUUGUAAAUUCUUAAUCACUUCAGCUAGAGGAAGAAGAUCUACAAAAGUUAGAGAAGCUUAUGAUGUAAAAUAUAACGCCUGUAGUAUGUCCAUAGUCAGUUCAACCAAUUAUGCCAAAACUGUUAGUUUAAAACAUUUGUACGUGUACACUUAUGUUUCUCUUCUGGGAUAACUUUGAAAAUCGAUGCUUUUUAGCUUGAGGCUUCAUGUUUGUGUUUUUGUGUUCGUUCACAAAAAUGAAAACUGGCAGUGUUUUUCCGCCCUCUGUCAUGCCACUUUCCACCAUGCCUUGAUCAUGUGCUGUAAUGUAUCACGAGUUGGGUACAUUGCUUAAUGUAUCACGAUCGGAUACAUUUGAUUUUAGUCAAGGCUAUGUGACCAAGAAUCAGCCAAUGGCUGUCCCUGUUUAGUUGACUAAAAGUCUAGGAAUAUAAGAUUGUGCUUUAUACCAACUGUCAAAUUAUGCAAAGAAAAAAUGGCUACUACAAUUUUUCAUUCGAGAAUAGAAUAACAUGAUGUAUAUAUUUUUUGAUUUUAGUUUUGAUUUCCUUUCUCUCCAUUUGGGGGUUGGGCAAAGCGACGGAUGACAUUUCCGACUACUUUUACGGCGCUUUUAAACGCUGGAACUGGCUGGUCGGAUCAGUCAUUUUGAAAUUGCCCACUUACAACAACUCUCUGUUAGCAGGAGUUUGACUGAAUCACGUCUGUUUCAUUACCAUGGUAGAAACACAUAAAAAACCUGCUCCAUCUGUCUCUGUAAAAGAUGACUCCGACUCAGAAAAAACAGCACACAAAGUCACACCAAAAGAACCACCCAAGAAGCCUGUUUCAUCUCACCCUGCUAAAGAAGAACCCAACGUGGAUCAUACCCCAGAAAUGGCCCACCCAGCACCUGCAAAAAAGCCAGUGGCACCACAGAAGCCUACUCUCCCACCCAAGAAACCGUUACCAAUAAAGGCUAAGAAACCAGAUAUUAUAGGACGAAAACCAGAGAAAAAAGCAGAUACAGAGAAAUCGGCACCUCUUAAGAAAACUGCUGAAGAUGCCGUAGAUGGUUCGCACGUUAAAGAGAUGUCACAUGUACAAGAAAGGUCAAAACCGGUUGACAAAAAACCAACACCUGAGAUUAAGACAAGUGAUACUGGAGAAGGUAUGUUCACUGCUUCAUAAUAUUAUAAGAAAAAAUGCGUAACAUAUAAUUUCACUGUUUUUGCUUACUCCAAGCAAAUACCAGAGGCAGAUUGCAUAAAUUUGUUGGCACAUUUCCAAAGUGUGCAAUGGCUGUAGAUAAAAGGACAAAAAUGAAAGGGUCAGAUGAUGUACCUAAAAAGGACUAUACCAGAAUCAUUUAUUAUGGAGGUAGAGAUGACUGGAAGUUUCUUUAAUUUUGAUUAUAAAGCAUAAAGGUACAUGUAUAGAGAAAGUAUCCGUAUAAAAAAUGCAAAUGUCAAUCAUUCUGUGUUGGAGUAUGUUCUCCUUUAGAUAUCAAAUAAGCCGCCUCAGCCACGCCCAGAUUGGCUUUCUUUUAAGAAUUUUCUUUCUAAUUUUUAGACUAUCCCCGUGAGUCACUAUAACAUGGGGUUCUACCCCCCUCCCCCGUAGUACUAAGUGUUCAUCUUUUAAAGGUCUCUCUUAAAGGCCGAUUUAUACGGUACGAUUUUUUGCUUACGACUAUCGUGCGCGUGUAGCAUAUAUCAUGACUUUUGACCAUCCACACGCGCACAAGUUACGCUUACGACAUCCUCAAUGUGUAGUACGGAUGUCGUGGGUCUAAUUUACCCCACACGAUCUGUCGUAAAGUCGUGACGCAUGCCAGCCGCGCACGAUAGUCGUAAGCAAAUAUAUAUAUAUGAUUACUUUCAAAACUGGUAAUAAUUCCAAACAGUGCUGUCCUCAUAGAAAAAGACUGUGUCCUUUUGUUCAAUUGUUAGUUGACUGUUUCUUGUUCUCUGUUACAGCCCCCAUAUCGUUUGAUGAUCCGCCAGAAACAGAAACGUUAAAUCACUUGACUGCUAACAGAGCCAAGGUGCCACAGAAGAGGCCGCCAUCUAAGGUUUUUGCAGAGUAUUAUGUCCCAUCCACACAAAAGCUUAAACAUGAUGUUUAAAAGCUGUUUUUUCUUUACUGAAGCUGCUCACUGUACUUUUAUUGAUUGCAAAUUUAAGGCAAUUGUGUUUUUUGGAGAAUGGAGAGUAGACGUUUUGAAAUUUUGAAAUUGGAAUUUUCUUGCAUCUUUGGCGCUCGCUUCAUGUGAGACUGGCGGCCAAAACUCUCACACGCGCAAAAACAGUUCCGCCAGCUACGCAGGCUAGUAAGUGGAUACACAUGAGUACCCGAUAUGUGACUGUGUACAUAGUUACUUCAUUUCGCCCUACCAUACGUCCCCGAAUUCUCGCUUGGCUACUUGAAAAAAGGGUGUGUUCACAUUAGUGCCAAGCGAGUACCGCAAGUAGCAAGUGUGAACGUCGCCAUAUUCUAGUCCAAGUUGAUACGUAACUGAUUCCCUUUUGUUACAGGAAGGGCGGUUAGAUUCGGCUCGUCUCAGUGGAAAUUUAGAUGACCAUCUUACCGUAAGUUGCAAUGUUCAUAUGCUGUUGAUAGUUAGUAAAGCGGGGCAGCCAACAACCGAAUCUUUCCGAACACCUCAGAUUUGACUCAAAUGUGUUCCCUAUGCUUGAGCAGCCUGUUUGUUUAAUUUGGAGCUGCCUUAAAAACUAAUUAUCUGUUCGAGUUUCUUAGGGAAACUUUUGGUCGAAUCGAAAGUUUUAGGUUGUUUUGUCAUCCGAAACUGUUACCUACCCAGAAGGAUGCGAUCGAAAGUUCCAGGAAAAGGAGUAGCAACUUUCAUUAGAAAAUUUAAGGGGACGUUCUGUCUUUAUACCGAGAUUUUCAGGAGACCCAUUUUUUAGCUAUAAUGUUGAUAUCUUGGUAAUAAAAUGUAAAAAACACAACCUCCGGUAAUCGUAGGUAAGUUACUGUACGAAACAUUGAAUAUCUUAGACGAAUGGAACGGUAAUCCAGAAAUGCUUAGCCUAAAUCUCGAGGCAAUAUUUGCUCCUUUGAAGAGUUAUUUUACAGAAAAAAGUCUUUGGCUCCCCGUGAAAAGAAAAGAAGAAGAAGAACAGGUUACACCCCAGCCCUAGGACCUCAUGACUCGUGUGCACCUUCACCCUUUAGAUUUUUGAGGUAAUUGUAAUCUGCUGUAUUUCUUGUAGGAAACAAUCAAGCAUCCUCCUUCACGUCCCAAAGAACCACCCAAAGAGCCUGCAUGGAAACGUGAUGCAAGAGAAGCUCGAGAAAAGAAACAGCCGCUAGAAGAAAAGGUGGGCAGGGAACAAUACGGAAAAAAGAGACUCUCGUAAAGGCCGCGCGAGAGACCUCGCGCGUCUCUUCGACCCUGUUUACACGGGUCCGGACAAAUUUUUGAACGGACCAAUUUUCUACCUGUGCAAACCGUUUACACGGAGCCGUGCAAAUUGUGGUACAGAUUACAGUAUUGUUUGUCGUUCAAACACUUACACGGUUCCGCGGGUUUAUAAAGGAAAGCGGGGGCGAAGGGAGUGAUGGGAAAAGGAGCUCUACGCUCGUUCCCAUCCUUCCUCUCUCGCGCUUCUCGCUUGUCUCGCGCGGCCUGUCUCGCGUGCCCACUUGUUCCCCAAUCCCCUCUUAGCCUUGGGAAAGCGUGUGGAGGAGGCAGAUACCAUUCGUUUGCCAAGUGUGUUCAGCAAAGAACACUUACAAAAAUUUAAUUAAGAUGGUUCAUCAAACGAAGCCCAAAAAGUUUUACUGUAAUAUAUCAAGCAUAAGACGUAGUGUUUCAUCACCAGAUGAAACACCGAGAAGACUGUUGUAAAUACGACGCGCAGCGGAGGUGAGAUGUUUCAUCGGUUGAUGAAACAUGUUUCGAAUGCUUGAUAUUACUUCUUAAAGAAAAUGAUUUUAGAAGGAGAAAUUAAGGAUGCAAAAAUGAGCAGUUUUUCUUCUGAUUUCCAAACACUCAUUAAACAUAAAUUUCCUUUGUUUUUUCUUUAUGAAUUAUUAAUGAGUUUGAGAAGUUGACUGUCAUGAACGAGUAAAUUAAACCUGCGCAGAAUGAUCUGGGAUCGUGAAAUUGAAGACUGUGUGUUUUUAGGUUAUCUUUGGAUGGCUUAGCUUGAAAUUGGAAAGUGUUCGAAAGAUUUUUUCAGUGUUGGGUAGCCUCCGGGACGCAUCCCUCGAGGGUGAAAUGAUCACCGACCCAAGCAUUUCAAGAGCUAUUUGUGGUACUUUUAACUACAUUGGUAUUCGCUGGUUGUUUGCCAUGUAUGCAUGUACUUGGGCAAAACGGUCGGUUCACGGUUUGGGCAAAUGGUAAGCAAAACUCAGGCCUGGUAAAUUUCGUUCGGUAAUCGCGUUUCCCUUUGAAACUGGUAUCAAAGAUGCGUUUAAAGAAAUGGAACACUAAUUCAGUUUUUGGAACAUUUCGACCGGGAAAAUAGCACUACCUCUUCAGACAUCUCAUUGCUCCCGGAAACGUUCCAAUUGGAACGACCCUAAAGGUCAUGUUCCAUCCACUUUCCAACCGGAAUUUGCGGAAACUUUUUGUAAAUUCGCCACUUAAGAAAACGAAAAGGGAACUGGAGCCGAAAUAUGUCGCGCAAUUGUUUCUGGGAUUGUUACAGGCCACGCGCCGUUCAUUUAUUGGCCGCCAAUCAGUAUUUUCCCUGUCCAUAGUAACAGUCCCAGAAUUCAAUGCGUAUGUUAACUCGGCCCACACUCGGUCUUGUUCCUAAAGUGGCGAAUUAUUGAUUCCGGUGUUUUUUCCUUUCCCUUAUUAAGGCUGCACUGCCGAUAUUGGCCUCCAAAACUGACGCGUUAGAAAAGCGAAAGUCAGUUCACAAGGAGGAGACACAUGAGCAGACGCCACCGGUGCAAAAAGUAGAGCCUUUUACGACAACGAGCCCAGCCGAGGUGGAAAAGUUACGAAAAGAGGUGUCUGGCCUGAGAGAGAUGCUGGACAAAAUGGAGAAGAAGUUUAAUGAAAGUUUAAAGAAACAAGAAGAGAAAUUUAUUCGAGAGAUCGAGGUGCUCACUAAUGACUUUGAUGAAGAGAAGAAGCAGAACGCAGCAGAGCUUGCCGCGCUGAAGGUGGAACUGAACAUAAUGAAGAGACGCCAAUCUCGGUUGAAUUUAGAUGACACUCAGUGAUAAUAGCCGAUAGGUUGUGCUAAGCGAAGUGAAUGAGAUUUAGUUUGAUACAUUCAAAUAGGCGUUCAUUCAUAUAGCUUAGGAAAUUUUUAAAAAAAUACUCUAGAAUUGUUUCAAAAUACAUCGAAUUGUCACCUGAGGGUCUUUAAAUCAAUACGAAAUAGAGUAUUAGUAAGGUAGCAUCUAGACUUAAUACACGUCGUUUUCACAAACUUCUUUACAGAAUCUACAGUCAAGGUAGUCACCCUCUGUUAAGCCUUCCUCUCCUUACUCCGGUCCAACCUCCGGUCUCACAAAGGUGUUCAAGUUAAAUACAAGGAUCACAAAUUCAUAGAAAAGUAGAGUAACUUGCUAAGUUUCCAAAACUAGACAAAGGAUGAAAGAAAAAACAAAUAGCAUACUGGGAAAAUUAUGUCCUUUGCUACUAAAGAAGUCUUUUAUACAUCUUCGUUAAAAGCUCGAGGUGAUUCCGAAUGUUUUCAUCGUCUCAGAAAACAAACCGAGCCGUCCGGGCAUUUCCUUGGAUCAGGUUGCCCAGCAACAUUUCCACUUAAUUCUUACAUGGGUCUAACAUGAGGGGCACCCAACGACGUUUUUCUUUAAAAUAAUUGUUCAGUGUUCGAGGAAGCAAAUAUUAUCCAGAAAUUUCUAAAGCUGUUAGUUACCUAUCAGGGUAACUAAGAGUUUCGGAGAAGACCAAAAAACCACUUAGAACUUUCGAGAGAACCCAAAUUUCCCCAAGAUAUCUAGCCUCCCACGCAGGCGUUUUUAGGGGAGCUCGUUUUAUCCUGUGGGGAGGGAUGAAAGACGAACUUCCCUAAAAACGCCUGUGUGGGAGGCGAUACUACAAGAUAUCCGAACAGAUAAACAGUUUUUAGCUCAACUCCAAGUUAACCAAACUAAAGCAUAGAGAAAUUUAUUUGAGACCUUCUGACGUAUUUGGAAACAUUUGGUUGUUGGGUGCCCCUGUCAUCGUCACACAGAGAGGAGACGACAGAAUUAUUGCAGGUUAUUUGGUCUUCAUCCUUGAAGCAAAAAUUUAACUUGACGAGAAAUGUCAGUUGUAGGAAGUUAUCAUUUUUAUUAUCGGAAUAUCAUCUGUAUAUAUAUAUAAAAAAUGCAAUUGAAAAGU